AUGUUCGAGUCGCUGAAGACUAAGACACAACUAAUCUACGAACGAAACUUCGACAAUGACGACGAAAACUUGGGAUGCACCUCCGCGUCCACUGAAGAAGUCAGACACACAGUAUGGCCCCUAGAGCAAACCAACAGCCUCUCCAAUUUUCUACGAAUCACCUCGUACUGUGCUCGCUUCAUCCGAGCGAGAAGGGACAAAAUUUUCGCCCUUAAAACAAAAUCGCUGACGACGGCCACACCCUCAGCUGAGGAGAUGACAUUCGCCGAAAAACCCAUCAUCCAGCAUGAACAAACCAAGCACAAUUCUGCUUCACUCAUGGAGAACAAAAAGCUGAAUGUCAAACUGGAUAGCGAAGGCAUAUUGAGAAAGUGCAGUAGACUUCAAAAUGCAGACGUUAGCUUCCACACUGCGAAUCCUAUUCAUAUACCAAAACAAAGUAAUCUCGGAUAUCUUAUCGCACUGCGACUGCACAAUAAACUUUCACACUGUGGAACGAACCAGCUUCUGUACAACAUCAGACAGCGAUACUGGAUCCCACAGGAUCGAGUUCUUUGUAAAAGGAUCUUGAUGCACUGUGAUAUGCAGUAA